AUGUCCUAUAACAUAAUUUCACAUUUUGCAGCUAAACUGACUGUAUGCGCAGAUGGUGGGGCCAAUUACGUAUUUGAGUUACUCGAUGAUGACAGAAAUAAGUAUAUUCCAGAUGUCAUCUGUGGAGAUUUAGAUUCCGUCAAUUCGAAUGCCCAGAACUACUAUAAGGACAAGGGUACUAUCAUUGUGCACAAGAGUGACGAAGAUGAAAACGACUUCUUGAAAUGCCUAAGACUUGUUUUACAGACAGAGCCGUAUCGUAACAUUCAGUGCGAUUACAUUAUAGCGCUAGGAGCAGUGCAUGAUCGGUUUGACCAAAGUAUGGCAUCCAUCCAUGCCCUGUAUGUAGCUGCGAAGAUCAGUCGGAUUCAAAUAAUCCUGCUGUCCGUCAAAUCAUAUAUCUGCCUUCUGACUCCAGGUCAGCAUAAAGUCCUAGUUAAUACUGAAAUGGAAGGUAAUUGGUGCAGCUUGCUUCCAAUUGGUAAUAAAUGUAAUAAUUUAAGAACUACCGGAUUGAAAUGGAAUCUCCCAGGAAUCGAAUUUGCGUUUGGUAGCUUGAUAAGUACUUCAAAUGCUUUUGACGGAUCUAACGAAGUUACAAUCACAACUGACGAUAACGUUAUUUGGUCCAUGGAGAUAAAUUAUACUUUAAAUUAG